UUCCCACCUCCGUUUGGUCUUUAAUAGCCUUACGCCCAUCACAGGUCUUAUUGGCCCUCCUUUCCCCACGAUCCUAGCCAGGUCGUCUUUCCGCGGCGCACAGACCAUGGUAUUCGUGAACAACAAGAAAUUCGCAUGCGAAUCAUGCAUUAAGGGUCACCGCUCUUCGUCUUGCCAUCAUACAGACAGGCCUCUCUUCGAGAUCAAGAAAAAAGGUCGUCCAGUGUCACAGUGCGAAAGCUGCCGCCAGCUACGACAGUCGAGACGUGUGCAUUCAAAGUGCAAUUGCAACAAUAAGGAUGAAGCUGGUCCCAGCCAGCCCGUGGUUGGAUACACUAAAUCUCGUCGAUUUAUUCCUAUCGUUCCUGCUCUACCCAAUGGUUUAAAGGACGUCCUUCAAGCAUCUCAAGCAACCUCAUCGAAACCUCCUGAUGCACGGCAACUAGGUGACUGCGUACGCUACGUAGACCACAUUCAAUGUCUUAUACCUAUUGUAGUGGACUCGCUCUUGAACCCCUGCACUUGUAAGAGUGUAUGGAAGUGCAAAUGCCGAAACUCGGACUCCUCGCAAGUCAAUGCUGAAACAGAUGAACAUGCCGGUCUCACUGCACUCGCUCGCGCUGCUGAAAUGUUUUCCCAGGAGCCCAUAGCUUCAUCUUCCCUUCCUUCACCUCCGCCUCCAGCUAGGAAAGUUGGUGGGAAAGCAAGACUAAUAUCCAGACCCAACAGCCCACACCACAAGCGCCCGAAGCACGUGCAUGUGGAUCCACCUAGGCUGGAGCUUCCGCCGAUCCAUAUUCCAGAAUUCCAGGGCGUAGAUGUUCCUACAUUUGAAACCAUGCCGCCAUUGAGUGAAAUCACCUCACUCGUUGGCUCUGGGUGCACCUGUGGUGUUUCCUGCAAUUGUCCUGGAUGUACCGAGCACCGCGGUCCUGAACACGUUAACAAGGAACAUGGUUUAUGCGGCGAGGAAGCCUGUGGUCACUGCGUCGAUAAUCGGAGUGGGAUCGCCCUUCCUGGGCUGGAUGCAGGGCCGAGUUACCUUCACCAAUUCUUUGCACGCGCUGCUGCUCUUCCAGCCCCACCGACUACCCGCAAGGGCGUGCAGAUAGAUCCGAUGGACCUCACCGUUUACCCAUCAGCGUCCCUGGAACGCGGCGGCCCAUUUGGAUUCAUCAAUCUGCCGAAGCUGGAAUGUUGCGGCGGCCAGUGCGGAUGUCCCAAUGGAAGGUGUGGAUGUGGAAAGGCGUGUGACGGAUGCUGCUCUGAACACGGUGGAGAGUCAAUUGAAACGGAAACAACGAAGGCGGUGGCGAGCCGUGCAGAAUCGUUAGCACCCGCUCCCGAGAUCCCCGCUCCAGUCGCCAAGUCGUGCUGCUGUGGUGGGAAAUAGCAUCGGUGAUACUCACCAAACCGUGUUGACAUCUAUGGCGAUAUUAUUUUUGGUUUGUGACGAACCCUGCAGAUAUAAUUCUGUUGUACCAUUACAAUUGAUGAAAGCCUUCUGACCUCACGUCAACAUCCAUGCAUCAUGCUCCAGCCCGAAAUAUGUAAACCAAUUGUUGUACUUAUGAGAAUACAAUCCGCUCAGAACGAUGUCUUGCGUUGCUUGUUAGAACUUUAAGGUAUACGUGCAAAGAACGUGUGAUAGAUACAAAAUACAUGAAAAUCCAGCCCGCAUAGUCAUGAGAGAGGUUGAUGUGUAUUUAAACCCUAUUUUAACUGUCAGAUGUCGCACGAAGAGAAGGGUUAAAGUAACGUACGUG